AUGGAAGAAGCUGUGAGCAAUGCUACCGUUUGCAGCCAUGACUUUGGGUUCGAAGAAGCCAACGCCUCUCUUUCCUGGCCAAGCGUAUCUGGAAGUGGCCCAGAGACGGUGAUUGUGCCUGUGUUGUUUGGGGUGAUCUUCCUCCUGGGCAUGGUGGGGAAUAUGCUGGUCCUGGUGGUGCUUGGCCAUCUCCGGCCAGGUGGGCGCCCAUCACGCAGUGCCACCAACAUCUUCAUCCUCAACCUGAGCAUUGCAGACUGCUCUUUCCUCGUCUUCUGUGUCCCCUUCCAGGCCACCAUCUACUCCCUGCCUGAGUGGGUCUUCGGUGCCUUCUUCUGCAAGUGGGUCCACUACCUGGUCAUGACCACCAUGCUGGUCAGCAUCUUCACCUUGGUGGCCAUGUCGGUGGACAGGUACAUCGCCGUGGUGCACGCCAAGCGCUCACUCUGCAUCCGCAGCAAGCGCAACGCCACCCUGGGCGUGGGGGUCAUCUGGAUCCUGUCUCUGCUCAUCGCCAUCCCGGUGGCUCAGCACCAGGCCCUCAUGAGAGGCCACCGGCAGGCACCCAACAGCUCCUUCUGCUGGGAGCAUUGGGCAGACAACCCUGCAGCCAAGCAGGUCUACAAGGUUACCAUUCUGGUGGUGGGUUACCUGCUACCUCUGGUGCUCAUCACUUGCUGCUAUGCCAAGGUGGGUAUCGGGGCAAGAGGGGAUGGAGAUGGAUGGUUGGCAACAGGUUUCGGAAUGCUGCCACAGACUUCUUCUCUGUGGCUGAGUUUAAGCCAUGACUAUUUGGUCCCAAAACUUCUUUUGACAGCCUGCGUAAGACCAUUAGGUCUAAGACCAUGUAAACUGCGCCACUGGCAAUCCCAGCAUGUUUGAAGUUAGCUAUGUCACUAGAUCUCUUGAAAAUCUGAGAUUAAGAAGUGUGGAGGGGCAUUUUCUCCAUUCUUGCACUUUUUCUCAUGGUCAUCUUCAUACUUUCUCUCCAUCAGCUAUGUGCAAGUCUCUCCUCCCUUAGAUAUCUGGCAGAACACCUCACUGCUUUCUUUCUAGAAAUGUUCUUCUUCCUGCUCUUGCUCUUUUUCUGCUUUGUUCUCUCUUGUAGACUGCCUUGGCUCCCGUUAUUUUCUACAUUCAUUUUUGCUUCAGCCUAGUACAGGCGCUAAGAUUUCCCUUUUUCUUCUCCCUUUCCAAGUCCCCUAGGACAGUGAUGAGCAUCAAAUGGAUUGUGUUCACGGGUGGACACUUUCUGGGGUUUUUGCCGCAAAUGCUAAGUUACGGAUGGUGGUCUAAGGAGAAAGGUGGUUCUUACUGCACAUGUGGACCACCCAUGGCCUGAGGGCCAAUCCCUAGCCUCAGAUACCUUCAGUGUGGCCCCCAAAGGUGACCCCUUGCCACCAAAUGCCUCCCCCAAAUUUUGCUGCAUCUCUAUGUUCAUUCUCCCCAUGUCCUGUGCACAGCCCUCCCCAUAGAGAUUUGGCCAUGCUCAGGAGCUGGGACCUACACCUUAACUCUAAUAUUGGUAAAGGUAAAGGUAAAGGUACCCCUGCCCAUACGGGCCAGUCGUGUCUGACUCUGGGGUUGCGCGCCCAUCUCGCUUAAGAGGCUGGGGGCCAGCGCUGUCCGCAGACACUUCCGGGUCACGUGGCCAGAGUGACAAGCUGCAUCUGGCGACCCAGCGCAGCACAUGGAAACGCCGUUUACCUUCCCGCUAGUAAGCAGUCCCUAUUUAUCUACUUGCACCCGGAGGUGCUUUCGAACUGCUAGGUUGGCAGGUGCUGGGACCGAACGACGGGAGCGGACCCCGCCGUGGGGAUUCGAACCGCCGACCUGACGAUCGGCAAGUCCUAGGCGCUGAGGUUUUACCCACAGCGCCACCCGCGUCCCCCUAAUAUUGGUAGGUAACCCUUAACUGGUGCUACUCCUGGGCUACACCAGUCUAGCUACUGGUGCUAUUCUAGUGGAUCUCUAUGGCUGAUGAAGCCUUGGAUUGCUGGGGGUGGGGGAAAUGAGCUGCAGUUAGGGGUGUGAAUUGUUGUCCAUUUCCUCCUGAUGUGCAUCUAUCAAAAGAAGGUCUUUCUCCCUUUUCAUGCUCUCUCAUUUCCCCAUUCAUUCGGUGGGAUUUCUCUCUGAGUGGACAUGUUGAGGAUUGGUGUUGUAAGGCUGCAUGUGCCAUGUGCAUUACUUAGACAGAGGUUAUUCCCUAAGUCAGGGGGGACCAAAUGUCCAAAGGGUUUCCUGAGAGUAAACCCCACAGAUCUCCAAGGGACUUACUUUUAAGUAGACAUAGUUAGGAUUCAGGCAAAUAGUUUGCCCCACCCUGUAGCUCUCCAGAGGGGAUUUAUUUUUCUUACUCAUAUUCUUCUUUUUCUUACUCAUAUUCCUAUUCUUCCAUGAUUAUUGUGACUAGUUUAAUUGCAUGCUAGACAAUUGCCUGUACAGCCAAUUUGAAAAGGGCAGUAUUAUUAGCAUUAUCUACAUAAACACCUGCCAUUGGAAAAAACAAAACAAAAUAACAGAUCGGAUUGUGGCUUGUUAUGCGUGCUUACUCCGGAUUUGGAAUUGCAGUUGUUGUUGUUGUUGUUGUUGUAUGUUUACUCAAAAGUAACUCCCGACCUUGGAUGUGAUUUGGACAACACAAUAUCCCUGAAAUCCUGUGUACAACAGAACAAACGGACCUGCCUCAUUGCUUUGAGGGGCUAAAGAGAGCCUUGAGAUACUGGGGGUGAAGUGCAGAAAGGUAGUCUUAGUAGGACAGGAUCCUACAGAAGUAAGUGCCAUUGAAUUUAAAAGGGGUUACUCCUAUGUAAGUCAGUUUAGGACAGCAACCUUAGUCCAGUUUGUUUACUCAAAUGUUUAAGUCCCAAUCUCUGGGUGCUUUGGACAGCACAACAUGCCUGCAAUGUAGCAAAUCCUAAUCAAAUAACUCAUUCUCAGAGCAGACUGACUGAAAUGACUGAACCUAAGUUAGUGUGCCUAUUAACUUGAAUGACCUACUACUUUCAGUAGAACUAGACUGAAUACCACCCCAGGCCUACUCAUAAGGAAGUCCUAAUGGGGCUUACACUCAGGUAGGUGGGUUUAGCGACAGAUAUGCACAGUUUUUAUAUAGUUGUUGUUGUUGUUGUUAAAAAUUUAUAUACUGCCCUAUACCAGGGGGUCUCAGGGUGAUUCACAGAAUAAAAUCAAGAUAUAAAACCACAAAAUACAUAAUAAAAACAAAAACAAAAACCUAAUAGCUCCCCCGCAAAAGCACAUUUUAAAAGGGCAUAGGAUGCCAGCAAUUGCCCCCUUGCACUUGAAUGAAGUUAAUCCAGUCUUGAGGACUAGUAAAUUUGUGAAUAAAGGCAAUUUCUGCACUCAUUUCAGAAUUCCCUGCGUGGGUUUGGUUUCUUUUGAAUAAAGGUCAGCGGAAACUGUGGUGUCUUUAGGAUAUAUGGGUUUUUUAAACCCAUUUAUACAACCAGAGUAUAGGAUGGAGGGACUCGUGGCAUUAAUACUCCACAGGUCUUCCUUCCCCAUUCAGUUUCCAGGAAAGCCCCAAACUCAUCUUUGGGUCUUACCUUUUGUCUCUCCAGCUUCUAGCAUUAGCCCAAAUUCUGCCUACUGUUCUUCCACCUCACAAGAGGAUGCCACUUCCAACAUUAUUUAUUUUAUUUUAGCAUAUUUAUUACCCAACCUUCACCAAAGGUAACAGAACGAGUUACAAAACAAUAAAACACAACAGGCAGUAAACAUUAAAACAAUUACCCACCAAUACAAUCAUACGCAGAAAAUAAACCAUCAUUUCACCUUCCCAAGACCUGGGCAAAAGAAUAUACACCUUUUCCUUUUUUAUGAAAUAGCUGGGUCCAGGUGUACCUCAAGGAGCAGGGAGUUCCAAUGUCUGGGAGCCACCUUUAACAAUGAUUGCAGGAAAGCCUGUGUUGUUCUAUGAUGAGAUAAAUGUUGUUUGUUUGCGACUGUUUGUAAUGGAAGGUCUGUGUAUUUAAAGCAUUUUUAAGAGAGAGAGUGUGAGAGACACUCAAAGUGUAUUUAUCUCUUCCCAUAACCCCUGUGCCACAUAUUCUCUCCAAGGCUUCUCAAUUACCACCCUUAGACCAUUUGUCCCAGUUAGGAUGUGUGAAUAUUUCAAUUUCUCUCCCUCCCCCCCAAUCUUAAGUAAAGUUCUUCACAUUACCACAUCAGUUUGUGGUUUUGUGAGGUUUUUUUUUUUAAAAAAAAGUCCUCGUGAACCAGUUACAAACAUUUUAAUUGAGUCAUCAUAUGAGUUUUCAUUCCAUUUGCAUAUGAAUAAGAUAGUAGUUCUGAAGCAAGAAGUGUGCUCCCUUUAUUUUUAGGUGAUGUACAAGUGUGUCAUCAGAAGACUGUAUCUUAUGGUACACGAUGUUUAGAUCACCUUGUACAAAGUGUGUGUGUGUGUGUGUGUGUGUGUACCUACCAUCUUGCAUGAUAAUUUAGGGACACCAUUUCAGCUGAUUCAAAGUUUCUGAAUUGAUUAAACUUUGCAGUCCUACUUUUUAAUGUGUUUUCUUUCUGAGCAAAAUUCAGACAGAGAUCCUUUGCAGAAUAUCAUUUUCUUCUGCAGGUAAUAGUUGGGGCAGUGAAAUUGCUCGCAUCAAAUUCUAUCAAGCAAGUGGAUUACAUUAGCACAUAGUGUGUCUGGGCAAAGAAAGCCUUUCCAAGGAGAGGGAUAGCUAUGAUCAUCCUUGUGUAAUUUUUUGGGGACAAGACCUGGUUACACAAAUUGCUACAUAGUUUCUAAAUAAGUUUUGGAAAGACCACAGGGAAUAUAAUAUAUACGAAGGUAAAAUAUAUUUAUUGAUCUGCCCACUUUUGUCUCUGGUUCUGGCCCUCUCUUACGAUGUCCAGAAGGGAAAGCAGCCCUUGCAUUCGCUUCUGGGCCACUAUGCUCUAGCUUGUCUCUGAGACAGGUGUGGCUGGAGACAUGUAUAUUAAGGGCAGAGGAAGGUUAAGAACAGUUUCAGGUUAAGAACGGACCUCCGGAACGAAUUAAGUACUUAACCCGAGGUACCACUGUAGUCCGGCCCACCACAUAGUCUGAGGGACAGUGUUCUGACCCUUCUGAAAAAGUUUGCUGACCCCUGCUCUAUUUCAAGGGUAGGAAGCCUGUUCAUUGAAUGCAACCCACAGAAACCUAGGAAGCUGCCUUAUAGCGAGUCAGACCAUUGGUUCACCUUGCUAAGUAUUGGCUUCCUUUCAGUUAGUAGCAGUGACCCAUCUGCUGGGAAGCUGGCGCAGCAGCUAUGCUCCCCCUGGCGAGUCACUUCCACUUUCCUGAGUGGCUCCACCUCCUCACUGCAACAAGUCCAAGGGGAGGGCGACUUGUCGUUGUGUGGACUCUCCGCAGAUACCCAGUUAUGCUGACUCUUGGUGCUGGGCCAGGUGCAAAGAUGAGCAAAAUGAUAAGCAGCAACCUUCAACAAAAUGAAGAGCAGGAGCGGAAAAAGUGUCACAAAGAGUUAGGCUGGUGUAGUUGUUAGAUCAGGACUUUGGAGACCCAUGUUCAAAUCCCCAUUCAGUUAGGAAGCCUUGGACAAGUCACUGGGAGUGGCCUAAGCAAACGAAUGUGCAGAAGCAUAUUGUUCCACUGUGAACCCACCUCAGGUGCCAACACUGCAGGGAAGAUGUGGAUCAAUCGAAGGAAAGGUGAUCAGUCUUGCUUUGGGACAGGCAGGUGGCUGGAGCCAAUGCAUGUAUGUUUCCUUCCAAGCAAAAAAUUCUGUAGUGUGGCUGCUUGGGAGUAGUUUGAUUGCCUUCUGCCUCAUUGCUUUGUGUGAGUAUGCCAGCAAGAGGUAUACAUGAUGGAUUUUCUUUUAAUUAAUUGGCUUAAGUACGUAAAGUCUCCUAGCAUUAAUGGUUAAGCACACUCAUUGCUUGGUUACAGUGCUUGCUGUAACUGCGUUUUCAAAAGGUUAAUCUAAAUUUUGUUGGUGCACUGCAUGAAUUCCCCCCUCUUAAUGUCAUUCUUUAAAAUAAUAAAAAUAAAAUCUCCAGUGAGUCUAACGUACCUUAUCUUGAUCCUGGAAUGGAGUUAAAUAAAAGCAAAACCUUUAUGCAGAAAUUAUUUACCUGAAAGUAAAUAAUAGACAUUUGUUUACAAGCAGCUAUGUAAAAAGAAAAAGUCUCUGUUGAGGGGAAGGGCCAUAGCUCAGGGGACGGCAUCUGCUUGGUUUGCAUGAAGAAGGUCUCAGGUUCAGUCCCUGAUAUUUCCAGGUAAGACUGGGAAUGUCCUCUGCCUGAAACUCCAGAGAGCUGCUGCCAGUCCGUGCAGACAAAGGUGAGGGAACUUUUUCAGCCCAAGGGCCACAUUUCUUUCUGGGCAACCUUCCGAGGGCCACAUGCCAAUGGUGGGCAGGGCCGGAAACAAAAGUGGGCAGAGCAAUGAAUGCAAAUGCCACCUUUGCACAGUAGCUUAGUUUCUGCACGUUCCCCUCUUUAUCUAUUUAUUAUUUACAGAUAUAUUUAUAUACCACUAUAUCACAAAAAACAUAUCAUCCUCCAUUCAGGGAAGCAAAAGGUCUCAUCAGAGUUCAAGGACACAUUCCAGCCAGGCAAGAACCCCCAAGGUGCAACAGACGUCCGGGUUAGCGCCAUCGGCGAAUGGCGGAGUUCCUCCGACCGGAGGAACUAGCUCCGUGGAAACUGGGUCUUCCCGCCGCGGCGAAGGUGGGGACCCGCUAGAAAUCCCAGGUGGAGGAAGCCUGGGAACGUGAGGUUCGGCAGGGUACCUGGAGCGCCCCCCUACUCACGGGGAACCCCUUUUUGGGAUUCCGGAGUGAAGUGGGGUGAGUGGCGCUUCUGCGAACUGACUGCUACUUUCACGGAGUGAAGCCGCACAGCCAUCGCCGGAGAGCGCUGACUUUUUCCUGUGGACAAUUGGAUCUAAAAUAAGCACCCGUGAGUAGAAACGGAAAAUUGGAUCAAGAAAUAUCUUAAUUUGACAUCGAAGCGGGAAGGUUCAAAACAGGAAGUCCGCCUUCCGCUUUUUGUAUAUAGACUGAAGCAAAAACCUUGUAAGCUAAAGCCUGGAAAGUCGUUAAAAAAGCCUAGAUUUCCUUCAUUUACAACUACUGAAACCCCCUUGGAAGCAGGAGAAAAGGGGGGGGGACUUUGUGUAACGCCUGCAGGAGAGGGAGUGAAGAAAGAUAAGUUUCCACCAUCUCUAACCUGGGAACGGGGUGUCAGAGACAGAAAUUGUUGGAGAGGUUCAUUGACUGUGAAUGGAAUACUUUGACAGAUAGCUAAAGAAGAGAAAUAAACUGAUUCCAAUGUUGCCUUUUUCAUUCUAAAGAAACAAAAUAUCUGAAAAAAUGAAAGUAAUUUUCCUUUGUUGGACUUGCCUUAAAAAGAUGGAUAUAAAUAGAAAUUGUCUCCUCUAGAGGGAGCUUGCUAAAUUGUUGCUGCAGCCACAGCUAUGAGAUUAAGAUCGUGGGAUUAGUCCUUUUGACCUUGACUAAAUAUGAGCUGGAAGGAAGUUUUGGUGCUUGCUCUAUGCAAGACAAGUGCUUUGUUGGAACAGAUGCAUGAGAAGAUGGAUUUGAUGAAUGAGAAAAUGGAUUUGAUGACUGUUGUGGCCAAUAACUGUGGACAAUUAGUGAAUAGUGAUACAGAAACCAUCCAGGGUCCAACUCAGGAACCUGUACUGAUUGGGCAAGUGCAGAAGAUAAUGGAGGAGGCUGCAGUUGCACCUCAAAUAAUACAAAUGGAGAGGCCCAAGGCCCCACAGGAGCAUAAGCCGUUGUUUUUGAAGAUUGAAGUUGGAGUGGGCCAGGGGGAGUCUGGAGCUGAGGAGGCUUUUAACUUUGGAGAGACUUCGAAAUAUGCUCGUAAAUAUUUUUUUGAUUAUAUUGAUGUCUGUGGGGAGUGGGACUGUGGGGAAUGGGCUGAUUUGAUGAAGGGAGAUGGAGAUAACUUUGGGUUGGAACCCCCCAGAGACCUACUCCUCAACGAGAAAGGAAAGAAAUUAAGAAAGAGACCAACAAAAGACAAGGAAAAGUGCAAGUAUAAACAAGAAGAAGAAGAUCUGCAGAAGGGACAUGGAAGAGACUUAAGGGCCUCGGACAUAAGGCUUCCAGGUUGAUGGACUAGAUGGAAUGGACAGUAAGGACUGACAUGACCCGAGACCAGGAAGAAGAGACGUUGGAUGAAGAUUGGAAGAAAAUUUAUAAAGAAAACUUUUUAUUUAGGGAAUUAGCCUAAAAUUAAUGAAUAUUAGGGGAAAUGUUGGAAUGAAACUAUAUGACUCUAGCAGAAAUGAUAUCAGGGGUUAUGUAUAACUGAGUAUUAAGUUUUAAGCUUUAAGGUAUUUUAUGGUAAGAUAAGGUUAAAUAAAUUAAGGUAAUUUGAAUAACAGAAUAUGGGGAAAGAUGGAAAGGAUCUGUCGAGUUAAUUAAUAGGUUAAAUUGUUAAGAUAAAUUAUUUAAUAAAAAUUGAGAAAGAUGGAAAGAAUUUGCUGAAAUAACUAACUAAACUAGAAUACAAAAAGGGAGGUGCGAGGAGGUCAACGAAACAAGCAAAUGGAAGUUAUAUGGGAUUUGUGCCUUUUUCUCUCUCCUUUUUUAUUUUUUUUAUUGUAUUGUAUUGGUUUUUAUGUUUUGCAUUUUUUCUUCUUUUUAUGUAUUGUAGUGUUGUUUUUUAUUUUUUAUUUUUUUCUGUAAUUCUGAAAUUAUUAAUAAAUAUUAUUUUUUUUAAAAAAAGAACCCCCAAGGUGCAAAGCAGAGUCAGCGAAGGGGGCAGCCUGGGAAGGUGAGGGGUAGGGGUAGAGGGUAUCCUCCGGAGGGUUUGGAGGACCAGAUAGAGAGGCUUGUUAGGCCACAUUUGGCCCUUGGGGAUGAGGUUCCCCAUCCCUGGUAUAGACAAUACUGAGCUAGAUGGACCAGUGCUGUGACUCACUGACAGGCACCUUCCUGUGUAAUGGAUCUACUAAGCCUUGCGUAGGCAAAAAGCAGGCUGGGAUCUACUGCUAAAUCUUUUUGAAACCUGCAGUAAGUAGAUCACAAGAAUUUUCAACCUCCAGAGACAAAGAGAGAGAGAGAACACUCAGUUCUGGUAAUGAGAAUGAAUCCCUGGGCUGAGCAUAAUGCUCAGAAGUAUCUUCGUCCUUCUUCAACUGUGAGUGUAUGUCUGCUGCACUGAGCCAGUGUGUGGAGGGGAAGUCCAUGUGGUGCCCUCAAGAUGAGUGUUGUUGGACUUUGAUUCCAGCUCUCAUCAUCCCUGACUAAUGGUCCUGCUGGCUGGGAUUGGUAGAAGGCAGAGUCCAACAACAUCUGGAGGGCACCAUAUUGGUUAUCUCUGCACUUGGUUCCAGUUGGUGGCUGUCAGAGAUCCCAUACGAAAGCUAAGUAGAUGACACAAACCGGGUGCCCGCCCACCACUGUACUUAGCAACACACACCUGCUGAGACUGGCUGUGCCUCUUAGAGAUCAUAGAUGAGAAGCAGGAGUUCUCUAAUAUAAAGAUAUAAAUAGAAGCCAGUACACAACAUUAUUUGAAUAUCCAAGGAGACAGAACCAUUCCUGUUUUUACAAUACACGCUUUACCCAUCUGCAUAUCCACUUUGUUCCAUUUAUAUACCUGCACCUGACAUGUAAGAACCCAAGAAGCUGGAUCAGACGAGAGACUUAACUGGUCCAGCAUCCUCUUCCCCACAGGGGCUUUGCCUGAUACCUGGGCAAAGCCUGCAAGGAGAACAUCGGGGCAAUGGGCUUAUCCUCUCGUUGUUCCCUGGCAACUGGCAAAUCAGGGCCAGACUGGAAUCUCAUGUUAAUUACAUGAAUGCAAUUAAGUCAUGUGGAUUUUGUUAUGUAAAUAGCUGCUCCGGGGGAGCCUGAACAACCUCAGCACGACUGGGAAGGCAAUGUGAAUACUUUCUCUCCCUGCUACGGUCAGAAAAUAAUCAAUCACCUUUCCAAAGCAUUUUUGUGCAUUCCACAUUAGCGUCAGUGGAAGAUUCAACUGAAAUCCAGAGAGCAGCUUCAGAAAGGCUGCUGUUUUCAUAACAAUAAAAAUGCAUGUUAUUUGCAUUCACGCAAUGAGCAUUAUGCCUAGUCUCAUCCACAAAGGAAUAUUGCUUCCAAACGUGAAGCUAGCAUAUAGCCAUCCCAGCUAGUAGCCAUGGAUAGAGAAGGGGGAGAAAUUCAAUCCAGAACACAUUCAAAGCAGAAUCUGUCAAAUAAACACUAUCUGACACAAUAUAUGAAACAAAACACAGUCACCCUUGAAUGGAGUCGAAUGGCUGAGUCCAAUUGUUGAGUUGAAUGGUUGCCACCGAAAUAUGUCAGUCACAAUUUUAGUCCAUCACACUCCCCUAGUAAACUGAACUCAAAAGACCACUUUCCCCCAUUGCUAAUAACAAGGUCAGAUUUCACUUCAGUUAUCCAUACACUUGUCACUCCCAGACUGGACUACUACCAUGGCCACCUGUUAAAAUUGGCUCAUGGGGUGGGUGGGUGGUGCUGGGGGAUGUAAUAAUCUGAUCCACCAACCAGAUCCAAUUGCCCACCCCUGGGAUUGCAUCAAUGUUGUGAGAAACGCAAAUAGCAGAGAGCUUCCAAAAUGAACCCCAAAGCAGAAAACAAUGUGUCUUAAGAUGCUGAAAACAUGGGUUUUGUUUUCCAAACAGCCCAACGUAUUUCAGCCAAUUAUUGUUUAAAAGCUGUCCUCAGGGGCUAUAGCAACAGAAGCAAUACAUCAUGUGAAUCAUUUCUACUCAACAUUUAAAAACAAACUAAAUUGAUUAUGUACAAAUUGCAUAUAAGCCUAGAUAAACGAAUGAAUGUGGGAGAGGGACAGAUCUGAUUGUGGCAGGGGCCAUGGCUGGGAGCAAAGGGUUGAUCCCUGUGCUUCUUGCACACUCCAUAGUCUGGCCCUUCCGCAGUGCCACCGGUUUGGUUCUGAAAACCAGCUAUGCAGCGGCCAACCAUGUGACCAAGGCCACACUGAGUUUGACCCUCACUUUCUGACCCUCAUCCUUCUGUAGCAAAAGCAGCUUCAUUCAUGCUGAAGAGGGAGAUAGCAGCAAUCUUGUGGAGACCUCGAGCUUCAUAGAAGUACAAAAUAUAUUUUUGGCUGGCAAUGGGAGGGAGACUAAGGUAGGAAGGACGGCGGGCACAGGUGACUGCUGGGAAAUGUUGGGUUGCAUGUGUAAAAAUGGAGGUGGGACGGAAUGGUGUGCUCUGGGAAAGGGCAAUGUUAGCUGGAUGGCAGGCCCAAUUUGGUUCAAGGCCCAAUUUGGCAAUUCUGAUCGGGUCCCAAUUUGGACUGGAUCUUUCCAUGCCUGACCCAAUCUGAGCCCUGAACCAAAUCAGGGGCCUUUCAUAGCCACGAGGAGCCUUUUAUAGGGAUAUUUCAUAUGGUUUGCAAGGGAGGAGGGCAGGCGAAGGAGAUGGUGCUGGCAGAGAGCCUUUGCUUGCAUGAUCUCCUUCCCCCUCCCCCUCCCUUGACCACAUGUUUAAUAUCCUCCCCCCACCCUCCGCAAAACACAUUUUUGACAGCUCUGGGUUGCUCCAGGUGGACCAAUCCCUUUCCAAGACUGGCUUUCCGUGUGGCUACCCCUGUUUUGUGGAACAACAUCCCUGUGGAGAUAUGACAGGCACUCUCUUUUUUUGUCCUUAUGGAAACAAUUGAAAACAUUUUUGUUUCACCAAACUUCUCCAGCUAGGUGAAAAGGGCUCUGCCUUAUGCAUUCAUUUUGCGCUGUUUCCAACCUAUCUUUAGCUGGUUUUUCGGUACUGUUUUCAAAACUAUUUUUAGCUGUUUCGUGGUAUGAAAUUAAUACCACCACAUUCUGGCCAGGCAAAGUCACCUGAGGAGAGCACAGGGUUGGUGCGAGGUGACCUGGUGAGAGUCCCAGGAGCUCACAAGAAAUGGCCAGAGGGCUGCACUUCCCCCCACCCUGACCUAGGGUACCCCCCACCCCUGAUGCAGCAGGAUAAGAAACAUCUAUUGUGCAAUGAAGCAAGUUUCUUCCUUUCUUUCCUUAGGUUAUACGCCAUCUUCAAAAGAAGGUGAAGAAUAUUUCCAAGAAGUCAGAGAGAUCCAAAAGAAAGGUAAAUUAAAAGAAAACAACAUCCAAUUACCAGGGAACAUUAGCAAGCAAAAUAUUGCCUGCCCCAGCACUAAAGUAUAACUGAUCACAGAGCCCUGUAAAAUUAUUCUAUCAUGCUCCAUCAGAAGCAUAUACUUUUGCAGUGCUGUCAGCCAGAUCACUAUUUAGAUGCGUGACUAUGGCUUGUGGUUUUGGUCUGUUUCCUUCCCAAUUAUGUAUGUGAUUGAUUCUGAUUCUGAUGUGAUUAAUAAAUUGUAGCAGUCGCUUGUCUCUUCAUCCAGGUGACCUUUGGAAGCUGUACAAAUGUAAAACUCCAGAGACAUUUAUCUUGUUCUGUCGAAAUGACGUCUAAAGUUGGAAUACAUUUAAGGUCACAAGCGGGGGAGCAGACCUCCCACCCACCUCAAAUGAGUGGCCUGAAGAGGCAGGAAAAGUUGCAGAGCAGGGGUGGGCACCUGUCACAAGAUUUGGUUGGGAUCCUAAUUCAGCAUGUUGGAAAACACCUUGCUUUGGUCUGAAGUAUUUUGGAGACUGCCUUAUUUGGCUUGGGGUCCGAAUCUUAGAAUUGUAGACCUGGAAGGGACCACGAGGGCCAUCUAGUCCAACCUGCUGCAAUGCAGGAAUAUUUUGCCCAACAAGGGACUCACAACCCUGAGAUUAAGAGUCUCAUGCUCUACCCAGCAGAAACCACUUUGGACAAAGUGGUUCAUUCACUAUGAUGGGAAAUUAAAAAAUGGCUAUUGUCUUGUCGUUUGCAGGAAUAGUAGUAUCUAUUCUCCAGAGUAGAUAAAAAGCUGCCAAAUUAUAGGCAAAAUAUAUCCUUGUGGUUUGGUGAUGAGUUAUCUUUAAAGUUUGAUUAUCUUUUCUAUUUCUUUAGACUAUAUCUGUACUACAGUAUAGAUACUGAUAUCAAUUCCUUGCCUUUCUGACACCAUUUCCCAUGCAACACCUCUCAACCUCUUAGCUCUCACUCGACUCCACCCAUCCACCCUGGCUCUCACUCAGGGCUCAAACAAAUUCACAGAUCAAUGCCAAAAACUCAUACAGUGGUACCUCGAGUUAAGAACUUAAUUCAUUCCAGAUGUCCGUUCUUAACCUGAAACUGUUCUUAACCUGAGGUACCACUUUAGCUAAUGGGGCCUCCCACCGCCGCACCAUUUCUGUUCUCAUCCUGAAGCAAAGUUCUUAACCCGAGGUACUAUUUCUGGGUUAGUGGAGUCUGUAACCUGAAGUGUCUGUAACCCGAGGUACCACUGUAAUAAGAAGAGUUCCUGCAAGAUGCUGGCACCACCUAUAUCUCUAGGCUUACUUUUAUGGGCAGGUGUCAAGGUUGACAGAGCUUGCUCAGGCUGCUUCCAGCUGUGUCCCACACACCUAGCUCCAGUCUACAGCAGAUUUGCUUUGAUUGGAAUUUCUUAGGGGGUCUAAAGGAUGGCAAAUAGGACACCCCACCACACACAGUUCUUUCUCUAGCCUCUGCACACUUCUUAUCUUCUAGCAGGGAAGGAAACAUGCGUGGUUUUUUUUAAAAUGUUGAAUUCUUCAGGUGCUGUAGACCUUUUUGAAGGGAUGAAAAACUUCAGAAUAAUGAGUUUAAGGAGGAUAAAGCUAACAGGCAGCACUACCCCCUGGGUGUACGAAAACAGUGGGAAGCAGGUUGUGGGCAGGCCAUGGGUGUAGCCAGGAUUUUUGUUGGGGGGGGGCAGGACUUUGUUAGGGGGGGCAGAAUUGAUCAAUUAGUUACAGUAAGUAUUUCUAUUGUUUUACUUGAUCUGGGGGGGCAGCUGCCCCCUGCCCCCCCGACUACACCCAUGGGGCAGACAGCAUGGCAGGGUAAUGCCCCAUUCACCCCUGUAGGCAGGCCUCCACUGAAUACAACAGAAGGAUGGAGUCAUCUUGUACUUUGCCACAUACACAGAACUUACACAUCAUUCUCCAUUCGUCGCAGACGCUGUGUUCUUUCAAUGCCUGGCUUUAAACAUUCAAACAGCUUUCAAGGAGGAAAAAUGAGGGGAUUAACUUGUGUAUCAAGGGGGAGAGAAUAAAUCCUGGAUGUGAGCCAUAUUGCCUGUGCUGCUCUUCUGUUUUCAGGAUCAUAACUCAGACCGUAUAGUCCCAUAUAGCAUCCUCUUUCAAGCCAGAAUAGCCAGUGACUCUUCUCUCCUUUGGCAGAGGAACUGUGCAGGGCUGCCUACAGACAUUAGACCAGGGUUUCCCAAAACUGGGUCUCCCACUGGUUUUGAACUACAACACCCAUCAUCCCUAGCUAUCAGGACCAGUGGUCAGGGAUGAUGGGAACAGUAGUCCAAAAACAGCUGGCGACCUAAAUUGGGGAAACUCUGCAUUAGUUCACAAAAAUAACCUACUGGAUCAGGCCAUUUAGGUCAGCAUUAUGUUCUCACAGUGGCCGAACCCUUUGCUUAUGGGAAGCCAACAAACAGAACACAAGCAUAAUAGCAAUUCCCAGCAACUGCUGUUCAAAGGCAUACUGCCCCCAACAGUGGAGGGAGAACAUAACAUAGCCAUUGUGGUGGCUAGCAGCUAAUGGUGGGCACUGACAUUGGUGCUGUGGUCUUGGGGCAACAAUAGAUAGCUAUAGUCCUCCAUUUUAAAUUUCCCAAAAUGCUCCUGGAGAAAAGCCCUUGGUGCCUUAGAGGUCAAAUUACCGUAUUUUUCACUCUAUAAGACACACCAGACCAUGAGACGCACCUAGUUUUUGGAGGAGGAAAACAAGAAAAAAAAAUAUUCUGAAUCUCAGAAGCCAGAACAACAAGAGGGAUUGCUGCGCAGUGAAAGCAGUGAUCCCUCUUGCUGUUCUGGCUUCUGGGAUAGCUGUGCAGCCUGCAUUCACUCCAUAAGACGCACACACAUUUCCCCUUACUAUUUAGGAGGGAAAAAGUAAGUCUUAUAGAGCAAAAAAUACAGUAAUACAAGGACUUUGAACCUGGCUUGGUAGCAAAUGGGCAGCCAAUGCAGAUGCUUUAACAAGGAUGUCCCAUGUUGUUAGCCAUGUUGUGCUCCCAUCAGUAGUCCGGCCACUGCAUUCUGCUCCCGCUGGAGCUUCCGAACCAGGCCCUAGGGCAGCCCCACAUACAGCAUAUUACAGUAAUCCAGCCUUGAGGUUACCAACACAUGGACUACAAUGUGCACGUGUACAUAAUGCAUAUAUUGCUGACAGCAACAGACACAAAGGCAUUAUAUUAGGGAAAAUUGCUUUCAAAAAUGUGUAUGUUAGGAGAAAUGCACACUAAAAUGCUGAUACAUUUUUGUGAGGACUUUUAAAAAAUUGCAACCUAUGCUGAAAUGAAAAUGAGAAACUUGGAGAAAUGGAAACUGGCAGAUUCAUCCAUCCUUGUGAGUCACAAGUUCUCCCAGAGUAUCCCCAUUGCCAUCUGCAAAAUGUUGAUGGGAGGUUGGAUGGCAGCUUUUGCCAGAGGGCAGCUAUUUAGCAUCUGCUUCCCAUCUGCAACAAGUGGGAACAACAAACUUUCUUGCAGCGCUCUUAGAGGGGUGACUCAAAAUGAUGAAUGUGAACUGUGAUCCCAUUCCCAUGAGCAGCAUAUGAUUAUUAUACUUUGGCCUGGCUGGUGGCACUUUUAAACAAGAGUGGUUGGUCUUUGCAAUGCAGUUCUUCCUCUGCAGCUCUUACGUUUUUGGGCUACCACAAGACUGGCAGAAGUUGAAUUAAUUGGUUUGGAUUGAAUCUAAAAAUCAUUUCCCCAUUUGGAGCAUCUUCUGCUGAGAUAUUCUUCCUUGCUCUACCUUCCUCUGUCUAUUAGCUCUCUAGUGAUAUUACAUUCCAUAAUAUGAUUACAGACUUUGCCACCUAUUAUUCUGGUAUAGAUGAGGUGGGGAGGGGGGAAGGAGAGAGAGAGAGAGAGAGAGCACAUUCAGCACAAAUACUUGAGUUUUGGUCUCAGUUUUGUGGCAGAUUGCUCCAUAACAUUUUGUAAGUAUGUUUACACUCCUCUUUGUAGAAAAUGAGCGCCGCCUCUUCCAUUGCCAGCCCUGCCCAAUAGCAAAGGGUGCCUUCUCCUAUUACUGUAUCUCUCUCUCUCUGCUUGCUGCCACCUGUGCAUGUGUGGACAGGGAUGGGUGAAUCAGUCAAUUUCAGUGUCUCUCAGUUUCUCCUUUUUCUUCUUUUUUCGUAAUUCAUCUUUAUCGGUUUCUCCUUUUUCCAGUCUUAAGUUCAGUUCUCCACAUGGGAGAGAUCGCUGCUUUAUUCAGGUCUUACUUGCAGGCUUCCCAUAGGCAAUUGGUUGCCUCUUACUGUGAGAGCAGAUGUUGGACUCAAUGGGUCUUUGCCAAAUCCAGCAGGGCUCUUCCUGGGCUCUUAAGAGCAGCUGCAGGUUCUCUAGCAGAGAGUUCCCUUUCUUCACGUGUGCUUCACCUUCCCUGCCUCCACUCCACAAGCUGCUUUGUAAUUAUUUUCCAGAAUUACCAAAAUGUGCUGUCGAACAUCUACGCAGCUCCAAAUGGCUGUGUUCUCUGAGCCAAACACAGGUAACCAAAGCAACAUGAUUAGGAUGCAUUUCCAACAGCACUUUAGCCCAUGUGAGGUUUGCACUUUUGCAGUGAUGUUUGAAUGAUGACUCAAACUAAGAUUACACUCAGGCACCUGACAGAAGCCAGUGCUAAAAGGGCAAUGCAGACCAUACCAGGAUGUUGAGCAGGGCUGUCAAAACUCCAUAGGGGUCAGUGGAUGAAAUUUCACACCCAGCGAAUGUUCAUAGGAACAUGCCUAAGGUUUUUUGUUUUUAACCACAAAGUCCAUCCCACCUUGAUUUACCACCGUCAUCCCUCCCAGGGACUACACCUCAAUCCCCUGUAAUUGACACAUCCUGUAAAAUCCAAAUCAGGGCCUGCUAAUGGUGGAGUGGAAGUGCAGGCCAUCAUCACCAUCACACAAAAACACAUACACACCCAGGGCCACAAACCCCUAAAGGAAGCAUGAAAUAAUAGCCAAUCUGUUAGGAUCAGAGUGACUGCAAUUCUUUGCCUGAUUACCUGCAAGUGAGCUUCACUGAACUCAGUGGGGCUUUAUUUAUGACGGCAUUGGCUAAGAACAUAAGUGCAUCAGGCAUCUUUUUUUUCCUGACUUCUCCAGGCAGGGCUUGGAGACCCCCAUCUGAAAUCCAGGAGAGUUGCUUCCAGUCAGUGCAGGCAGUACUGAGCCAGAUGGAUCAGUCGGUCUGUGUUGGUAUAUAUAUGGCAACUUCCUGUGUUUCCAACCCAGCAUCCUGUUCUCGCAGUGACCAACCAGGGAGCUCGUAAGAAGGAGCUGUGCACAACAGCCCUUUCCCCAUGAGUGAAUCCCAGUAACAGGCGUUCAGAGGCAUAAUGCCUAUUGCCUCAGACCGUGGCUGGUAGCCGCUGAUAGCCUUUAUAAAAUAAAAUCAGCCCUGCAAAAUCAGACCAAAGGCCCAUCUAGUUCAGCAUUCCACACGCAGGCAGGACGUGACUACAACUGGAGACAUCUGGUAUUUAUAGAUAGACAGGCUGAGCAGGUAGGAAAACAAGCGUGCAGGCUGUAUGAAUCCCAAAGCAGCAGCAUUCCAGCACUCCAAUAAUUCCCUUGCCAGCCAGAAACUUCUUGGCAGUCAUCUCCCGCCAGCCUAAUUCAAUCACAUGUUUACAGCUAUGUUUUGCUAAUGGGAAAUAAAGUUUUAGAGCCAAGCCCUGGAUGUUUAUCUUCUGCCCAUGCAUGAGCCCCCGCAGGUAUAUGUACAAAGGGAAUGACUUGCCUGUGGGGGUGUCACAGCUCUGUGCCUGCAGUGCUGUGUUCUUAGACCUCUGGCUAUUAGCAAACACUAUUUCCCUCCACCCCACACUGAAUCCAAAGGGAAAACAAAGACACUUCUUUCUUUUGGGCACGAAGCUAAUUGGGAAAGAAGCUAAUUAAUGGGUUGUUAGACUGUUCAAAACAGCUAAGAGGAUUAGCCCCCCCCCCAUUGACCAAGUUCAGCAGUUAAUUGCAGCUAUUUUCCAUUUAAUGUGUUCCAGAUGGUGAUAAGGCUAUCCAGAUUGAUGAUUAUUCUAGCAUCUUCUGACCAUUUCUCAGUACCGCCUCUUUAUAACAUUCUCUUUUUUAAUUGGUUAUAAGUGGAGGUUGUCUUUGUUUUGUACAAAUGGUUUGUUAAAUGCCUCUUGCAAAUUUACCGUGUGCUAUUUCUGUUACUGUCUCUCUGUGUUAUAAGUAGGACGGGGAGAGUGGAGCAGAAUUUUGGGAGGCAGGCUCUAGAAAUAAAAAAAAUAUGAUAGAAGUGUAAAAAAACUAUCCAACCUACACUGCUGUGCAACUGCACACAAAUUAAACAUGUAUUCCUUCCAGAUGUUUUGGACUACAACUCCUAUCAUCCUCGACCACCGGCCAUGCUGGCUGAGGUUGACGGUAGUUGCAGCCAAAAGCAUCUGGAGGGCACUAGCCUGGGGAAGGCUGAUUUGCAUCCCCCAAAGUCAGCCAAAUCUGUUUUAGUUGGUAGCAAUAAUUUAGAAUAGCCAGACCACAUUCUGUGUUGUUGAUGUUGUUGUUAGAAUUACACACCCUUCACUCUAAGGUCCCAGGGCAGGCUAUACAACUAUCAAAACACACUAUUAAAAUUUGAAAACCUUUGUUUGCUUUUGUCUUCUAGACCGCUCAAACAGUGCUGCUGGUGGUUGCUGUCUUUCUGAUCUCCUGGCUCCCGCACCACAUCAUCACUAUGUGGGCUGAGUUUGGGAAGUUCCCCCUGAACGAUAUCUCCUUCACCUUUCGCAUCAUCGCACACUGCUUAGCCUAUGGGAACUCUUGCAUCAAUCCCAUCAUCUACGCUUUCCUGUCGGAGAAUUUCCGCACAGCCUGCCGGCAAGUCUUCACAUGCAAGGGCCUCCUUCAGCCGCCCCCUGCGGAGAAGAUGGUGAGGAUCCGCAUGGAGAACUUCUCCACUUCUCACUCGACAACCAACGUGUGA